AAUCAUUUCUCUCUUUUCCUUUGGAUUUUACAUUACAUGAGAAUGAAAUAUCUUUUCUUUUGAUAUAUAUUUAUAUGUAAAUAUAUAGAUAGGAGAAUCAUUAAUAUAUUUUUAUUACAGAAGAAUCAUUAGUAUUAGGCGCAAUUAUAAAUAAGCAAAUAUGCAAAAAUUCAGGCGUGCUCAAGUAGAAAAUAAAAUAGCAAUUAAUAAGCAUUUAGAAGCUAAUGCGUAUUUAGAAUCAUCCAGCGAAGAUGAAGAUGAUGGAAAUGAGGAGGAUAUGCAAAAUGUGGUUGAAAAAGUAUUAUCUGCUUAUCAAGGGAAAGAAGAAGAUUCAGAAAAGAUUUUAUCAUAUUUAGUUAAUAUUUUUCAAUCUGGCAGUGCAGUUUGUUUAAUUUGUAUUUCAACUGUAAAAAAGGCAGAUGCGAUUUGGAAUUGUGAUAAGUGUUAUGCUUUUCUACAUUUAUCAUGUAUUUUACAUUGGAUCCGGGAUAGUUUAAAUGUUAAGCACGAAAAAGGAAUUGCACCAGUAUGGGCAUGUCCAAAGUGUCGUAAGGAAUAUGACGAAAAAGAAGUUACUUAUAAUUAUAAAUGUUUCUGUAAAAAAGUUGUAGAUCCUUCGUAUUACCCAUGGAAUAUUCCACAUUCUUGUGGAGAUACUUGUGGAAAAUCUCUGCAACCAGAAUGUGGUCACAAAUGUGUUUUACUUUGCCAUCCAGGACCAUGUCCUCCUUGUGCAAAAAUGGUGUCAAUAAGAUGUUACUGUGGCAAACAAAUGCCCCAGCCACGGCGAUGUAAUUCAAAAGAAUGGAGCUGUGGUACUGUAUGCAAUAAGAAGUAUAAACUAUGUUCACAUACUUGUAAAGAAGUAUGUCAUGCAGGCGAAUGUCCUCCUUGUAAAGAAGAACUAUUAGUAGAGUGUCAUUGUAAGAGUAACAAAGCAAUUAGGCAAUGCUUUGAGGGUUCCUGGAUUUGUGACAUACCUUGUCGCAAACCACUCUCCUGUAACGUUCAUAUCUGCCAAAGUACAUGUCAUUUACCUGGUGAUUGUGGGAACUGCCCUUCAGAAAAAAAUAGAACGUGCCCUUGUGGAAAGAAGCGAUACGCGGUAUCUUGCAAACAAGAACAGUUACCAACGUGUGGAGACACAUGUGGUAAAUUGCUAGACUGUGGUUCACAUUAUUGUAACAUGAGAUGCCACACGGAUCGCUGCGGUCAAUGUUUAGAAGUAGUAACAAAAUCGUGUCGGUGCGGUAGUUACCAAAAAGAAAUUGCAUGCGGUAAAGAAUUUCAUUGCAAUAAAAAGUGCACACAAAUGCGCCUGUGUGGGAGGCACUUAUGCAAUAAAAAAUGUUGUGACUGCCUUACCAAGAAUAUAUACAAUAUAUGUGAAAAGGUAUGCGACAAUACUUUGAACUGCCGUAAGCACAAAUGUGCUGCUCCAUGUCACAGCGGUCCUUGCUACCCAUGCGAAAGAACAGAUAUUAUUCAAUGCAGAUGUGGUUACAAAAAAAUAACAGUACCCUGCGGUACAAUGAAAAAGAUCAAACCACCACCUUGUAACAAGCCAUGCAAAGUACCACCAAUUUGUCAUCAUCCUAAAAGAGAAACGCACAAGUGUCAUCAAGGUCCAUGUCCACCCUGUAAAAAGAUAUGUGCUCUAGUUUAUAAACGAUGCGGUCACUCCUGCGUUGCUGUUUGCCACACAAAGGUCUGGGUAAAAGUAAACAAAAACGAUGGCAAAACACAACCCAUGGGACCAUGGGAGAUACAGAAGGAAACUAUGCAACUUAAAACAUUGCCAUGUCCUCCAUGUGAAGUGUCUGUACCAGUCACUUGCCUAGGAGGGCAUGAAACACGUCCUUGGCCAUGCCAUGCAGCUAGACCUACUUCCUGUGGAAGACUUUGUGGUAGAAUAUUACCGUGUACUAAUCAUACGUGCGAAUUAGUUUGUCAUAGGGUACCAUCAGAAGAUGUUAAGAAUAGUAUUCCAUGCAUGGACUGUGAAAAACCAUGCUUAUUUCCACGACCACAAGGCUGCACGCAUUUGUGUCCAAAACCAUGUCAUCCAGCACCUUGCAGUCCUUGUAAGCAACUAGUCAAAAUGUCCUGUCACUGUGGCAUAGGAACUCUUUACAGAAGAUGCUCAGAGUUAACAUCAGCUACAAGCGAACAGCGUAAUGAAUUACUGAAAUGUGGAAACCAGUGCCCAAAAAAUUAUGCUUGUGGACAUAGAUGCAUGAACAAUUGCCAUUCUGGGCCAUGUACAAAUGAGAAUGAAUGUAACAAGAAAGUUAAGUUAUUUUGUCCGUGCAAACGUAUUAAAAAAGAUUAUAUAUGCUCGGUGGUGCAGAAGCAAGAAAUUUGUAUAAACUGCGACGAUAUUUGUAUUAAAUUGAAGAACGAGAAGCGUCAAGCAGAGGCCGCGUUGUUGGAACAAAAACGACAAGCCGAAGAAAUGCGUAAUCAAGAAGAAAUAAAGAAAUUCGAACGGAAAUUCAAAUCUCGACGUAAAGGGAAAGAUAAAUUUGAUAGGAGACAAUUGCAGGAAGAAACCGGCAGCAAUUAUAUUAAAUACUGGAUUUUAGCUGUAUUAAUAUGUUUGAUAGGUUUUUCAAUAUACUAUAUAAAUGUCAAUAAAUAGGUUUUGAGAAUUAUAUAUUUGACAGUAACAUUUUGUAAUUUUUACUGUAGAAAAAUAUAUUUUUAUCAGAGAAUUAUU